GGGGCGGAUGGGCUUCAAUUAGAGUUUCCUACGUAGACGAUCGAUGGUGUCUCUCCCCAGAGUAAUUCACUGGGGCCCGCUCACGGCCCUGUUCAUAGUUAUCUCGGUGUCAAUCACAGGGACCUACACCGCUCUGCAGCUAUGGUCCCUUCCGCAAGUCAGAGCGUUUCGCCUACCGAACUUCGUGUGCAUGUACUUCUGGCUCGUCCCCAUCCUCACAAAUUUCUUCUCGGCCAUGAAUUCCGGUCCUGGCUACGUUCCGAUGGGCUGGAAACCAGCGAAAUCGGAAGAUGAAAAGAGUUUACAGUUCUGUAAAGUGUGUCGUGGAUUCAAGCCGCCACGAUCACACCACUGCAGACAAUGUGGCAGGUGUAUAAAGAAGAUGGAUCACCACUGUCCCUGGAUAAACCACUGCGUCGGUCACUCUAACCAUGCAGCCUUUCUCAAGUUCCUCUUCUUCGUCCCGUUUGGCUGUCUACACGGAGUCAUUCUCAACGUCAACUUUCUCUAUAGAUUUAUCAAUUACGAAUUUCUCUACACUCGGCCCUACCUCAAAAUCAAUACAUUUUGGCUCAUCUACGUGGUUGGUACAGUCGGUCUGGCUAUUGGUACCAUCAUUGGUGUCUUCAUACUUUUCCUAGUUCAGCUAAAGAGCAUUCUUCACAACCAAACUCAGAUAGAAGACUGGAUUGUUGACAAGGCACAUAGAAGAAGAGGAAAAUAUGAUGAACCAUUCGUAUUUCCAUACGAUAUUGGAACGAGGAAAAACUUUGCACAAGUGGUCAACUGGUCUGGUAGGCCAAAGGGAGAUGGCAUAGAGUGGCCAGUAAAGGAAGGCUCCAACAAAUACUCAUUCACGCUUGAGCAGCUGGAGCAGAAGAUGAUAAAGAAGAGUGCAGCUAUAACCUGCAGCAUGAAGCACUCCUACUCCGGCUACUCUUGCCCCCUGUCGUUUGGACUAAUGACAUCGCUGUGUAGCCCCAGAUGUGGGGAGGGUUUCGUCAGCGUGAAAAAGGGAGACAAAGUCACCAUUACUAGAUGGCAAACGUAUUGGGUGUAUGGGGAGAAGGUUUUCGAAAAAGGUGAGGGGAAGCAAGUGAAAGGAUGGUUUCCCAAGAGCCUGUGUACAGCUACCACCCAGAGAGGCCAAAGACAAGGAUGACUGACCAUAUAUACGAAUCCUCACAUCACUAGUUGUUUAUAAUACCAUCUGUAUUUGAAAUGAAUUGAUUAAAAAAUAGACGAGACGAUUGACAUUGCAUUAAAAUGCGUGACAUCACGAAGUAUCUACAUCUUGACUCCGUCCAUUUACAUUGAGCAGACUUUGCAUAUCCCACACUAUGGCUAGCUUGCACUCAUUUUCUAUUCUGAGGUAUUGACUUCUGACAAAGAGAGCGUAGAAAAUGACAGACAUGCCUCCCAGCAGUUGAAACAGGUCGAAUACCGUCAUGAUGCUCAACUCACAGGGAUCAUCACAGUGAUCAUUAGGAGUUAUGCCAUGGUCGGCAUAGGGGGCCACGGUAGUAACUGAGCUGGGAAGAUGGUCCACGAGACUGCACAGAAACCCAGCCACCAGAAACACCUUGGCAAGAACUGUCGGGCGCAGCGAGUCCUUCAGGAGGAAUAGUCUGACUAUGAGACCCAC